AUGAUCUACCACUAUUUUCCCCACAGCCUGCACAAGGAUAAUCCUGAAGAACUGUGCUACACAGGACUCCUCAGCCAAGGCCACCUAGUGGCUCUAAAGACUGCCUUGCUUUUCCACAGUGGGGUUGGGACUGUGGCCAAUGUCAUUCUAUUUUUCCAUAAUGUAUCUCCACUCUUGGUUGGACAUAGACUGAGACCCACACAGGUGCUUUUCACCCACCUGGCCUCAGCCAAUACCUUGGUUCUUCUCUCUACUGGGAUCCCCCACUCCAUGGUGGCUUUUGUUCCAAGGAAUUCCCUGUCCAGUCUUGGAUGUAAACUUACCUACUACAUUCACCAAAUGGGUCAUACUGCCACUCUGUGCUCCACCUGUGUUCUGAGCAUCUAUCAGGCUGUCACUGUCAUCCCUAUGAAUGCAGGGAGGAUAAUAAUCAAAGGAAAAGCCCAGGAGAUCACUAGACCUUCCUGCUACACCUGUUGGAUGUUCAGUACCUUAAUAAAUGUCUAUAUUCCCAUGAGAGUCACUGGCCUACAGGACAAACACAACUACACUGAUACAGAAGUCCAGUGGUUCUGCUCAUCCUUGGGUCCUAGUGUGGGCUUUGUUAUCUUGUUGUUCAUCUCCAAAGCCACAUUUAUUGGCCUUACAGGCUCAGCCAGUGGCUCCAUGGUUCUUCUCCUGUGCAGACACCACAAGAGAAAACAGCAUAUUCAUACUUCCAACUUAUACCACAAAGGCCCCCCAGAAUCCAGAGCUGCUCACACCAUCCUGAUGCUGGUGGCCUUCUUCAUCUUUUUUUACAUACUCGAUUCCAUUUUUACUUUUUAUAUCACUGCUUUUGUGCAGUCUCACCUAUGGGUGAUACAUGUCUCUUACAUUUUGAAUUCAUGUUUCCCUACUGUUUGCCUCAUACUGCUGAUUUUUAGGGAUCCUAGAACUCCUAGUUUCUGCUUUUGA